AUGCCACAAGACUUGCCACCAGCAGCAGGCUAUUCGCCAGUGCAAUGGAAACGUAACUUACCUUCAAGAGGGUUCAGACCAAAAGUUUUCCUUCUAAUUAUCGGGUCCAUCGUUGGCUGGGGCUGGUACAGGGCCAUUGCCGGUAUCCAGGAACGUAGAGAGCUUACAAGGGAGAAGAUGUGGACCAGAAUCCACCUGAUGCCGCUGUUGAUAGCCGAGCAGGACAGGGACAACGUGAGAAGAGUCUACGCCGAUAAGCAGAGAGUCAAGGACAUUGUUGGAGAAGACGAGGCCAGCGUCUACAACGACGACAAGUUCAGAACACCAGGCUUCCACUGGGCGGGAAAGUGA